AUGAGUGAGUUUCCCCCCCUCGGGGCAAAGGGUAAGAACUCGCUUUCGCUAGGCACCAAGGCUUCUUUGACUUCUAAAUCAAGAGAAGGUUUCAGAACUCGGGCUAAUUCCAUUCCAGUCUUCUUAGCAGGGAGAGAAAUGGAUUGCUUUGGAUGGUUCCUGCUUAAAGUUCGAAUCCUACUUGGGGAGAUCCAUGGUUUGACCGGGCCUGUCCUUCUCCCUAGAAUCAUUCUCAGGAUUGUUCAGCUGAACAAUCCUGAGAAUGAUUCUAGGGAGAAGGACAGGCCCGGUCAAACCAUGGAUCUCCCCAAGAACCAUCCAAAGCAAUCCAUUUCUCUCCCUGCUAAGAAGACUGGAAUGGAAUUAGCCCGAGUUCUGAAACCUUCUCUUGAUUUAGAAGUCAAAGAAGCCUUGGUGCCUAGCGAAAGCGAGUUCUUACCCUUUGCCCCGAGGGGGGGAAACUCACUCAUUAGGGCGAGGGGAAGCAAGUCACAGAUAUCUCCUGGGGAAGGGACGAGACAAAGCUUGUCUAAGGCUGAUUGAGCUCAUACCAGGAAAUUCCGUAUUAAUAGAUAGAACCAGGAAAAGUCCUAAUGCAGGCAAAAGGCGUAGAGGCCCUGCUCCCAAGUCCUCUUUCAGAAGCGGUGAUUGCUUUUUCAGCUCUCUUUCUCGAAGUGAGUGCAAAAAAGAAAUAGAACUAUUCUAUUACUAUAGGAAUAAUUGUUGAAUAAACGAUAUUUCCCGUUGACAACUAUGAACUCAUGGUUACUGGGAAAUAAGCGAUUGUUUCAUAAGCAAAUGUGGCACCUGCUGGUAUUGUAUUAGAAGUAGUUGUUCCCGUUAAAAGAACUGCCUUCAAAGCGGAUUUCCUCUUGCUUCGGCGGCGGGCGGGACUCCUAAUAGAAUGCUAUUCGGAAAAGGAGUUCUUCCGCCCCUCCCACAGCGGUAAUGCCGAUAGCUCUUAUUACCGGAAUUGCUUUAGGGAUUGGAUUCUUCUUCCUUAAUCUUCGAGGCGAGGCAUAUUCAUAUUAUCGAUAUGCCACUAGCUCAGGAAAGACAGACACGCACACCUCCUUUAAUGAAUUGCCAUUACCUGCCUUUCUAUCUUGGCUACCAUGCCCGUCGAGCUCGCCCGGGAGAGACUGGGAGUGCUUUCGAGAACAAGAACACAUGCACCGGGAAUUCAUCUGCAGAGCUUAUUCUGUACAUUUGCUUUGGCAUUUGUCUUGAGAACAGCCGCCUUCUCUGCCUCUAUCUAUUGCCCCUCAUUUGCACGAGAUGACGGGAUUACUUGCUCUUGCUUACUUUCUUUCUUUUUUCUUUCUUUUUUCUU